GUGACAAACUGUCAUAGUUGGUUGGUCGGAGAGUUGCACUUGCCGUGUUAAGCAAAGUAGGCAAACCUCCACUGAGCCAGCCAGCCCUUUGACAAGGCACACUGGAUUAAGAUGUUAAGACUCGCAUGGGCACGGUCGUCGUCAAAAAAUAGCCGCGUUGACCCAGCUCGCCUGCUAAGUAUCGUUCUCCUGGGAGGUGACAACAAGUCGCACAGCCCAGAACAGAGUCGGGACAUCAGCGGGCUCACACCACCCCCUGCCAGCGACAAGUCCCCCUCGCUGCUGAGUCCCAGGACGUCCCAAUACUGCUUCAGUAUGACAAGCAGAGCAAGUCUGAGUAUGGCGUCUGGGAGCGAGGGGCAGGGUAGCCCCCCGUCCACUCCCCAGAGACCCCCCAACCGCCUGGGACAGGAGAGGUCCCCUUACCUGCUGCAACACGCACACAACCCGGUGGACUGGUAUCCAUGGGGACAAGAGGCUUUUGACAAAGCCAGGAGUGAAGACAAGCCUAUCUUCCUGUCAGUGGGCUACUCUACGUGUCACUGGUGCCAUGUGAUGGAGAGGGAGUCCUUCGAGGACGAGGAGAUUGGAAAGACCCUCAGUGACAACUUUGUCUGUAUUAAAGUUGACCGUGAAGAGAGACCUGAUGUGGACAAAGUCUACAUGACCUUCGUGCAGGCAACCAGCGGAGGUGGUGGUUGGCCGAUGAGUGUGUGGCUGACCCCUGACCUACGACCUUUCAUUGGGGGCACCUACUUCCCCCCAAAGGACAGUGGCCGGAGACCUGGACUCAAAACUGUCUUGACCAGAAUUAUGGAGCAGUGGCAGGAUAACCGUGAAGCGUUGGAGUCAAGUGGUGAGAGAGUUAUAGAAGCUCUGAAGAAGGGAACCUCUAUCGCAGCUAACCCAGGGGAAACCCCACCCCCAGCCCAUGAUGUAGCCAAUCGCUGCUUCGUACAGCUCGCACACUCCUAUGAGGAGGAAUAUGGAGGAUUCAGGGAUGCACCCAAGUUCCCCUCACCAGUGAAUCUGAUGUUCCUUAUGUCAUUUUGGUCUGUGAACCGUUCGUCCACUGAGGGGUCCGAGGCGCUCCAGAUGACCCUACACACACUCCGCAUGAUGGCCCUGGGGGGCAUCCACGACCAUGUGUCACAGGGGUUCCAUCGUUACUCUACAGACUCAUCCUGGCACGUUCCCCACUUUGAGAAGAUGCUUUAUGACCAGGCCCAGCUGGCUGUGGCCUACAUCAGCGCCUUCCAGGUGUGUGCAUGCGUGUGUUUGUGUGGCAGCCACAUCAUUUAACCCCUGUCUCUACCA